GUGAGAGCUUUGAGAAGCACUCGCCACAGCCAAUCGCAACCUCCUGUGGCGGCUCGGGUGUGUCCGCCAGGCUCCGCCCCUCUCUCAGGUGUUUCCCUCCCGUGCCGGCUGAAGUCUCCGAGAUUUGUGCGAGGUCUCCGGCUGAGGGCGAUGGAAGGCGCGCGGGGCGCCGCUCCAGAGUUCAGCCCCGCGGCUCCCGAGGGUGCGGAGCCUGCUGGCUCGGGCCGCGGCCCCGAGGAGUCCGAGGGCGGUGCCCGGCCGCCGGAGGAGGCUGCCCCCAAGAGACUCUGCGGGUAUUUAAGUAAGUUCGGUGGCAAAGGGCCCCUGCGGGGCUGGAAAUCGCGCUGGUUCUUCUACGACGAGCGCAAGUGUCAGCUGUACUACUCGCGGACUGCGCAGGAUGCGAACCCCUUGGACAGCAUCGACCUCUCCAGUGCGGUCUUUGACUGCAAGGCGGACGCCGAGGAGGGGACUUUUGAAAUCCACACGCCCGACCGAGUUAUAACCCUGAAGGCUGCCACCAAGCAAGCGAUGCUGUACUGGCUGCAGCAGCUGCAGAUGAAGCGCUGGGAGUUCCACAACAACCCGCCCGUGCCGCCUGCCAUGCCCGCUGCCACCCUGGCUGGGAACGGGCCCGCCAUGCACAUCGAGCUAGAGCAAGAGGAGGCAGAGCUGGAGGGGUUCUUGUGCCCCGUGAAGACGCCCCCUGGGCUCGUGGGGGUGGCUGCUGCCUUGCAGCCCGCCCCUGCGGCACCUUCCACCCUUCAAAAUCUUUCCCUCAAGCACCUGGGAACUGAAAUACAGAACACAAUGCACAACAUCCGCAGCAGCAAGCAGGCCCAAGGACCAGGCCACAGCUCUCCAGGGGAGGGUGCGCCCCAUAGCAGGGAGCCCCAGUCCGAGGAGCAGCCCUUGGCCCCCGACCCCAGCACUCCAGGUUCUCCAAAGCCCAGCCCCAAGUCCUCCCUGGCUGCCAAUCUCAUUCAGAUGGCCAAGCGCCAGAGCAACACCUUCCCGCUCUUUUCUGAAGGGCUCAUGAGGACCCGGACUGCCCAGGAGAAGGCAGUGGCCUUGGAGCAGCAGGUUCUGAUGCUCACCAAGGAGUUGAAGUCUCAGAAGGAGCUGGUGAGAAUCCUGCACAAAGCCCUGGAGGCUGCCCAACAGGAGAAGAGGGCUUCGAGCGCAUACCUAGCAGCGGCCGAGGACAAAGACCGCCUGGAGCUGGUGCGGCACAAGGUGCGGCAGAUUGCCGAGCUGGGCAGGCGGGUGGAGGCCCUGGAGCAGGAGCGGGAGAGCCUGGUGCACACGGCCCAGCUGCGGGAGCAGCAGGUGCAAGAGCUGCAGCUGCACGUGCAGCUGCUCAUGGACAAAAACGAAGCCAAGCAGCAGGUCAUCUAUAAGCUCUCAGAGAAGGUCACACAGGGCCUCACGCCACCACCAGAGCAGCUGGCUGAGGCAGCCCACAGAGAUUUCCUGAAGCAGCAGGAGAGGCUGGAGCACAUGAAGGAUGAUAUGGAAGCCUUUCGGACCCAGAACCGCUUCCUCAACUCCGAGAUCCACCAGGUCACGAAGAUCUGGAGGAAGGUAGCCGAGAAGCAGAAAGCCCUGCUGACCAAGUGUGCUUACCUGCAAGCCAGGAACUGCCAGGUGGAGAGCAAGUACCUGGCCGGGCUGCGGAGGCUACAGGAGGCCCUGGGGGACAAGGCCAGUGAGUACUCAGAGCUGCUACGACAGCUGGUCCAGGAGGCGCUGCAGUGGGAAGCCGGAGAAGCCUCUGCUGACAUCGUGGAGCUGAGUCCUGUCAGCGAGUAUGACGAGUAUGGCUUCCUGACUGUGCCUGACUACGAAGUGGAAGACCUGAAGCUGCUGGCCAAGAUACAGGCGCUGGAGGUGCGCUCCCACCACCUGCUGGCCCUGGAGGCAGGGGAGCGGCCGCUGCAGGAGCGCUGGGCCACCCUGGGCGAGCUCACACCCUCCGCUGAGCUCAAGCAGCUGCUGCGGGCUGGAGUGCCUUGUGAGCACCGGCCACGCGUCUGGAGGUGGCUGGUCCACCUUCGCGUCCAACACCUACACGCUCCCGGCCGCUACCAGGAACUGUUGAGCCGGGGCCAGGCCUGCGAUCACCCUGCCGCCCGCCAGAUCGAGCUGGACCUCAACCGAACCUUCCCCAACAACAAGCAUUUCACCUGUCCCACCUCCUGCUUUCCCAAUAAGCUCCGCCGGGUGUUGCUGGCCUUUGCCUGGCACAACCCUGCCAUUGGCUAUUGCCAGGGCCUCAACAGGCUGGCGGCCAUCGCCCUGCUGGUCCUGGACGAGGAAGAGAGUGCCUUCUGGUGCCUGGUGGCCAUUGUGGAGACCAUUAUGCCGGCGGAUUACUACAGCAAGACACUGACCGCAUCCCAGGUGGACCAGCGGGUGCUCCAGGACCUGCUCUCAGAGAAGCUGCCCAGGCUCAUGGCCCACCUUGGGCAGCAGCAGGUGGACCUGUCCCUCAUCACCUUCAACUGGUUCCUUGUGGUAUUUGCUGACAGCCUCAUCAGCGACAUCCUGUUGCGAGUCUGGGAUGCGUUCCUGUAUGAGGGCACCAAGGUGGUGUUCCGCUAUGCCUUGGCCAUCUUCAAGUACAAUGAGAAGGAUAUCCUGAGGCUGCAGGACAGCCUGGAGAUCUACCAGUACCUGCGCUUCUUCACCAAGACCAUCUGCAACAGUCGGAAACUGAUGAACAUCGCCUUUCACGACAUGAACCCCUUCCCCAUGAAGCAGCUGCAGCAGCAGCGGGUGGCCCACCGGGAGCGCCUGGAGGCUGAGCUGCAGCAGCUGGAGCAGCUGAAGGCUGAGUACCUGGAGAGGCAGGCCACCCAGGACCGAGUGGCACCCGAGGCCUACAUCACAGACGAUGACGGGGAGGGGGAGGCCUGACGUGGCCCAGUGCCUGCCUCAUGCCCAAACUGAUGGGCCCUGUGAGCCCCAGUGUCCUGGGACCCAGCCUGUGCCACAGGCUCCUGGUCAGGACUGCAUCUGCUGCACCGCCCCUGGCUGGGUCAUCCCCACCAGGGUCUCCCCCAGAUCUCCCCCAAUCCCAUCAUAGCACACAUCCCUUCAACCUGCAGGCCAUCGUGCUGUGCCUCACUUGGGGGUCAUUCAGCCUGCGCAACUCUGGCUUCUGUUUUGGGAGGUCUCUAUAGUCCAGUUCCCUCUCCCCUACCCCGCCAAACUGCCAGGCUCUGAGUUCUUAGGAUGUCUCCCUUUCAGUGGCAGUGUCUGCUGGGUUAGCUAUUUCCAGA